GAAUGUCAGUUGAGCAGCGCUGUUUUCAUCGAGAAAAAAAAAUCAAAUCCCUAUAAGAAUUAAAACCUUGUCGCGGACGUAUAAAAAAAAUUAAACGAUUGGCGUGAAUUAAUUUUCUCCGAGUCGCAAUAACGGUUUAAAAAUCUAUUCAAAACAAGGAUAACUAUAACGGGCAAUGAAAGUAUUUCUAUGCUAACUGUGAUAGGUAAAUAUCACGUAUGUAGAAAAAUCACAUCACCCCAGCAGCUGAUAGGAUAAGAUGGCCGCAUGUGAUACAAACAAAUAAUGGCGAGAGAUCCACAAAGUUCGCGGGAAUAAUGCGGGUGAACGCGCCCGAUCUACGGUGGAAAUCCAGAUGCACAUGAAAAUGACGUAUGUUCCGCGUAAUGCGAAAUAUUUGACUGAUAUUCAAUCUAACAUGACUGGUUACACGUAUCCUGGACAUGCUCCACCUCUGGGAUCCCAUAAUCAGAACACAGAUGAAAACAGGAACGAGAAUAGCUGUGGAAAUAAGGAAAUCUGUCAGCAGAAUAAUCAAAAUGAUACACAGCAAUCGUCUGGGACUCAAACCGUACAAAAAGUAGACGCUGCUACCAUGACCGAUCCACUACAGAUCGACUUUAGACUGACCUCCGAGUACUUGGCACGAUGUUCAAGCACCUUAGGUUUGCCUUAUGUCUUUAAAUAUGAAGAUAAUAGCAACAACUCGUCUCAUAACUUUCAAAAUGUUCGGCCAAAGUUGGAAUUUGAAGUUGAGCCGCAGCACAUUAACGGUAUGCUAGUAUAUCAUUGCCCAGAGUGUGCGUACAGGUUUGACAACCGAGAUGCGCUGCACGAGCAUCUAGAAGAUCACAGGCAACGGCCACAUAUCUGUGAUAUUUGUGGAGCUAGUUUGAAGCGCAAGGAGCAUCUGGAUCGACACAAGCAAGGUCACAACAAAGACAGGCCUUAUCAGUGUUCAAUGUGCUGUAAGGCUUUCAAACGUAAUGAACAUCUUGCUCGACACAUGAUCAUUCAUUCAGGUAGUAAAAAUCAAAUUUGUACAGAAUGUGGUAAGGCAUUCUACAGAAAAGACCAUCUUAAGAAACAUCUGCAAAGUCAUAGCGGCACUAGGAAUAAGAGCAACUCAAGUAAUUCUCAAAAUAAUCAAAAUGCGCAGAAUUCAAAUGAAGAGGGACUCAGUAAUUUUGCAAUGAUGAUGAGACAAGCUGGACCGCCACCGUUUUCUAUUUUACGCACUUAGCUGUGACUAGAUCGCUUUUGUUCAUUAGUCACAUAGUUUACCUAGAAUUCAUGACUUGUAUUUGAAUGAUUUUUCUUUUUUCAAUAUGAUGAUGAUUUUUCACCCUUAUUCUGCGAUUUUUUUUUUUUUUUUUGUAAUAUAAGAAUUCAACCAUGGUGCUGAGUACUGUUUGAAAUAAAUAGGAUUAUUCUCGUUUGUUAUAUUUGAUUGUGAUAAAAUUAAGUAACAGGGAAUUCGAACAAAACGCACUAAAGAUACCAUGAAAAAAAAAACAUACUAACUAAAAACGUUAAAUUAUCUUUUUUCUCACAAUAUGUGGUAAAUAAAAUUUGUCAUUGGGAUCAAAGUAAAAUAUAUCAUAGUUAUAAUGUGUUACUAAUUUUUGUUCUGAAGCUGUGCUGUUCGCACAAUAUGAUUCUAAUGAAGUGCCGAGUAUGCGGAUUAGUUCCAAUCCAAUUUUAUAAUCCUAGUACUCGAUAAUUCACUAAAGAAUUCUUUUUCACCCAUUGUAACUUGAGAGUGAGUACUUUUUUCCAACUCAGAGAAACAAUGAGAUGCUCUUCUUCUGUGUUGACUUAUAGUGAUGAGUAUCAUAAAAUAUUGGUAUAAUAUGAGUUUCAUCAUUCUUUGUAUUUAAAAUUGUUAAUUAAGGUUGCUGUGUGCUUUUAUACAAGCAAUGCAAAGCGUUAUUAUGUGAAAACAAUUUUCUACCACACAGCAUACACCUAAAAGUGAUGCAGCUAAUGCAAAUACGUAGAAAUUAAGGUAUUGUUCUAAUUUGUUAGAUCACUUUGUUGUAAUUUAAAAUUUUCGAGAUGAGUAUGUACCUGUGACAGAUAAAUUUUCCGAAAUUUUGAAAACUCAACGCAACACUUCUGUUAAUCUAUUUAAAGGAAGCAUGUAAAGGUGUUGAUUGUUAUCGAGUUACACAGUUUCAAAAUUCCAGUACUAAAUAUUUGUUAUUUAAGGUUUGGCAGUGUUACUUAUUAUUAUAAUAAUAACCUUUGUAUGAAUUGAGCUAAUCAUGGAUCACCGUCAUAGCGUGUGAAUGAUUAUUCGCUGCAUAUUAAAUUAUUCCAGCAUGAUAAACUUGAUGCUGCAGUUAGUAAAAGAAUAUAGGACCCAUGAUGAAAUAUCAAUAUUUUAGCAAAAAACGAUGCUUAUUUAUGAUAUUUGCAUAUAUACACACACCCUCACACAUAUGUAUAUAUAAUAGAUACAAAAAUCAAAUUACGUAUCUUAUCCACUAAAAUUUAGUAUGUAAUAUUUACAACCCUCUUAUAGAGUAUGGAGUUGCCACGUGUACCUUUUUUCUGGAAGGGGUGCAUUAUUGCAACACUGCAUAGUGAUUUUUAUAUUUCGUUAAUUACUGAGAAAAGUGCCAGAAAUUUUCUAUGCGUACGUGUCUUUCGGAUAAUUGUUUGCUAUGUUGAUAAAUCAGUAUGUUGAAUAAAUUAGCUUUUUGCUACGAUAGCAAAUAAACAAUGCGACAACUUUGUUUGAGAGAAUAAAGUAACGGCAACUCUAUAUCUGUCCGAUUUCUAUGUAUAGCUAUAUAUCAUGUAUAAUAUUAUUCAUACAAAAGAAAUGCAUGUACACACAUUGUUGUCUAUUCGAUCUGUACAUUAUAUUUAUUAUUGAAGCUAGACGAAUUUAUUGUAUUGGUUCAACUUCAUAGUUUUUAAAAAACAAUACUCACAUAUACUAACGUUUGUUAUUUACUGUAGCGAACAUAUUUAAAUUAAUAAAUCAUUAUUAUAUACAAUUA